AUGAAGAACGACCAAGGCGGUGAACGUCCAAGGGAUCCUCGGCACAUUUACACAAACCCGCUCCAGCCUUCUAUUUGUCCCAUUGUCGCGCUGGGAUUAUACUGGGCGCCGACAUCAUUUGAUUCAAGCGACCUCCUUUUCCCGGGCAACAAUCAGUACGAGCGGUUUCGGAAGUGCUUUCAGCGUUUGCUAGCUGAGGAAGGUAUUGCCGCGGAAUUAAAGCGCCAAGGACUUAACCCUUGUGAUUAA